CAGAGGGGAGGGACAUUCGAAGUCCUAGGGCUUCCCCCAAUUUGGAGGCGCGGGCUGUGCUAUGCAUAUGGGACUGAGAAGCCGGGUGACCGCUGUGGCCUGUGCCUUCCGCUGAGGGUCGUCUGACAAGCACGCGACGCUGCUGGGCAUCGCGUUUGAGUCCCGAGAGACCGCCCGGCCGUGCCCAGCGAGACCGCGCCAGACCCUGGCGUCCUCCAUCUUCUCUCCUGCGCUCCCCCUGCUCCAGCUGCCUGAGCCACGGACCGCAGCACCACACACCCCCGCGGGGGGGGACGCCGCGCCCCAUCCCCGCCCCCGGCCCCACCCCAGCCCCCCCGCGGGGGCCCUGACCCCACCGCCGGCGGGCACUGGCUGAGCUCCGAGGCGGCGAGCCUGCGGCGGGGACGCCCAGAAGGGGUCCGGGCGGCUGGGGGCGGCGGCGGCCGGGUCGGGGCUCCCCCCCCGCCCGCGCUCGCCGCGGCGGUGGUGCGUCCCGGAGGUUACCGGAAGUGGCCGCGCUCGGCGCUGCCAUGUUGAGGAGCCGCCGCUGCCGCUGCCGCCGCCGCCGCCGCCGCCGCUUUGUUGUCGCCUCCUCCGGCUGAGGAGGCUCCCCGAGCGGGGGGAGUGGGGAGGAGGGGGGUCGGCCGCCGCAGCCAUGGAGGCCAACUGGACCGCGUUCCUGUUCCAGCAAUUAAAAUCUUUUUUUCCACCUGAUGGAGAAGUGUGAAAGCUAAUAUUUGAUCCUGGGCUUGGCAAUGUGUGCAGUGAAAAUUGUUGGAAAAAUAAUUUAGAGCCGAGGACAGUUGAAUGGGUAAAGAGACUAUUUCAGUCUUUUCUAUGGAAAGAGAACAAGUUGGGAAAACCCAGUUCCCCUCUUAGAAGGCUUCAUGUAGAAGUGUGGGGAUCCUAGGAAUCCUCAGAGAGUGAUUCCCGUAGUGGUCGAGGCAUUCUACAGCAUUUCACCCAAGAAGCAGGGACCUGGUGUGACCCUCGUGUGAGAGUGAGCUUCAGCAAUGGUGUAAAAAUACUUUAUGUUGCCACAGACAUCUGAAUUGGUAAAAUGGCAGCCCAUGAAGCCUCCCAUCACCAACAGCAGGCAGCACCAAACAGCUUGCUGCCCCUCCUGAGCUCUGCUGUGGAGCCCCCUGAUCAGAAACCAUUGCUUCCAAUACCAAUAACUCAGAAACCUCAAGCAGCACCAGAAACAUUAAAGGAUGCCAUUGGGAUUAAAAAAGAGAAACCCAAAACUUCAUUUGUGUGCACUUACUGCAGUAAAGCUUUCAGGGACAGCUAUCACCUGAGGCGCCACGAGUCCUGCCACACAGGGAUCAAGUUGGUGUCCCGGUCAAAGAAAACCCCCACCACGGUGGUUCCCCUCAUCUCCACCAUCGCUGGGGACAGCAGCAGAACUUCGUUGGUCUCAACCAUUGCUGGCAUCUUAUCAACAGUCACUACAUCUUCCUCGGGCACCAACCCCAGCAGCAGUGCCAGCGCCACAGCUAUGCCUGUGACCCAGUCUGUCAAGAAACCCAGUAAGCCUGUCAAGAAGAACCAUGCUUGUGAGAUGUGCGGGAAGGCCUUCCGAGAUGUGUACCACCUCAAUCGGCACAAGCUCUCCCAUUCGGACGAAAAGCCCUUCGAGUGUCCUGUUUGUAAUCAGCGCUUCAAGAGGAAGGACCGGAUGACUUACCAUGUGAGGUCUCAUGAAGGAGGCAUCACCAAACCCUAUACUUGCAGUGUUUGUGGGAAAGGCUUCUCAAGGCCUGACCACUUAAGCUGUCACGUAAAACAUGUCCAUUCAACAGAAAGACCCUUCAAAUGCCAAUUUUCCUCCCUCAUGCAGACGUGCACUGCUGCCUUUGCCACCAAAGACAGACUGCGGACACACAUGGUGCGCCACGAAGGCAAGGUAUCGUGUAACAUCUGUGGGAAGCUUCUGAGUGCAGCGUACAUCACCAGCCACUUAAAGACACAUGGGCAGAGCCAAAGUAUCAACUGUAAUACAUGUAAACAAGGCAUCAGUAAAACGUGCAUGAGCGAAGAGACCAGCAGCCAGAAGCAGCAGCAGCAGCAGCAGCAACAGCAGCAGCAGCAUGUGACCAGCUGGCCAGGGAAGCAGGUGGAGACACUGAGACUAUGGGAAGAAGCUGUCAAGGCAAGAAAGAAAGAAGCUGCUAACCUGUGCCAAACCUCCACGGCUGCUACGACACCCGUGACUCUCACUACUCCAUUCAAUAUCACGUCCUCUGUGUCGUCUGGGACGAUGUCAAACCCAGUCACAGUGGCAGCUGCAAUGAGCAUGAGAAGUCCAGUCAAUGUUUCAAGUGCAGUUAACAUAACCAGCCCAAUGAAUAUAGGGCACCCUGUAACUAUAACCAGUCCAUUAUCCAUGACCUCUCCUUUAACACUCACUACCCCAGUCAACCUUCCCACCCCUGUCACUGCUCCAGUGAAUAUAGCACACCCUGUCACCAUCACGUCUCCCAUGAACCUGCCCACACCUAUGACAUUAGCUGCCCCUCUCAAUAUAGCAAUGAGGCCUGUAGAGAGCAUGCCUUUCUUACCCCAAGCUUUGCCUACAUCACCACCUUGGUAAACAGUAUUAUAAAAUGAAAAUAUGGGUUAAAGUAAAUAUUUACCAGCAACUUACUUUUAGUUUAUUAAUGCAAAAAGUAAACCAUGAAAUUGGGAGAUUUUAUUACAUUAGUUAAUAAUAGUGUAGUAGGAUUUUUCUCCAAUUUGGCUGGGAUUGUUCAAAGUAGGGUGUGUAUGUAACUUAUCACUGGACCACUUUAGUUUAAUCAGAAAUUCCUUUUAGCUGACAGCAUUGCUUAAACAAGAUAGUAGUUGGCAAGGUAAAAUGCCAGAAUUAAAACCAAUCAUAAAAAAGUAAAACCCAUUUCAAAAUAAAAAACAGCAUUACUGUUUCUAAUCCCAAGAAAUCAUUUUAUUCUAAACACUAGCAGAAUUCUUCUCCCUAUACAAGGUGGAUGACUGAUUUUAACCUGAAGUUCUAAGUCCACAGAUAGAGAGCUAGUGUAGAAUUGUCUGUGUUUAUUGUUUUUAUGAGUAAAUACAUGCAUUGUCAUAAUAAAAUGCAUUUCAGAGAAUAUGCAUUUUACCUUUGGGAAUAUGUUAAUUUCAGGCAGCAUUCCCUAUGGGAAAGGUGAUACCAGCUCUGAUAUGCAAAGCAUAUGAUAAUUUAUCAUUCUAACUUCAACAUAUAAUAGGGAUUGUGACCUGAUAUUUGGAGAUGUAAAUAUUGCUCAGCGUAUUAAUCCUGAUGGAAUAUAGCAUUGUAGUUGACUUUUUAAAAAAAAAAAUUAAAAAAAAAAAAUAAAAAAACCAAAAUAUACAAAUUGUGUUUUGGUGAGAAAAGGCCUCAACUGACAGAGGAGAAGUCAAGGGUGUGGACUGGCAGACUCCUAACAAACAGAGGCCAGUGGGACUCCUAUUCAGGAGCCAAGGAGUACUUGGAACAGUUAAAAUAUAUUGCUUUAAAUUGGAAGAUGCUGGAGGCACUGGGAUGUGAUAUGCCCCUCUCUCUCCCAAUCAGAGCCUGUUGAUGUUACAACAGGGAAAGAUGUGUUAGUUGCUCACUAGAGUUUAUGUCUUAUAUUAAAUUGUAUACAGUUUUUAUUCUAACCACUAACUAGGUAGUAUGCCCCUUCAGAACAAGCAGAGUGUAUCUUUUUUUUAAUUUCUCCUUCCGUUUCUUAAUCAAGUAUUGUGCAGAUUUGUUCAACUUUGUAAAUACGGACAUCACUUUUUUUCUUUGAGAAAACACUUGUAUCAGCUUUGUGGUGUUUUCAGGGAGACAGCUAUCUGUACUCCCUGUAGAAACCCAGCAAUGAUUGUGCACGUUAAGACAUGUGCUUUUUAUUUCUUAGCAGGAUGUUUUAUCUCUGUACAUAAAGUAGAAACCAAAAGUUAGGGAAACAGAUACUCUUUACACCAUCAUGCCACACAUUAAUAUUUUUAAAGCAUUGUGUUUUUUAAAAAAAAGUUACUAAAACCAAGACGCUGUGAUUUUUUCUUAAGUUGCAAUAUGUUUUUGGUUUUGUUUUUUGUUUUUUGUUUUUUUCUUUUUUAAUCUUGCAGUUAAGAGAAAUGGAAUUUAGUGUAUUAAUCUUGCAGAAUGUUUGCAGGACUGACUAUCAAACUGGAUGACUUCCGUUUAUACCCCACUGUGUCAGUUCAAGCAUCAAAUACCUUACAUCUGAGGCAGACUUCCUACAUCAGGGACAGGUAUCUGUGUGUCAUUAUACAAAACAGUUCGAGGGGGUUGAACUACAUAGUAAAAAAUAAAAUAGUACUUAGUGUAAAAUAAUUUUAUAAAUGAUCUUUUGUACUUUAGGACAUUAAAUUGUACAACUUUUGUAUAUAUAAAAGCUUAGGAACUUUCUGUUUAGCAGGAAGGCAACACAUUCCUACACUUUUAAUGUAUAUGUUUGUUAUAAUGUCCAUGUAAACAUGCCCUAUGUUUGUGCCUUUUAAUUAGUUUGUCUCAAUAAACAAAAUGUAGAGAAAAAUAUGUAGCUAUGACUUUGUUACAACUGUUCCUAUUCACCGUACAAAGAUGGUUUGUUUUUAAUCUGUAGAGCAUUAUGUGUGGACUACUGGAAGGACUUGUGUAGGGAAGGCCCAUGCAUGGCCCUGCUGAGGCCUGGAUUGGGCCGGUAGUGGCCACAUUUGGAGGAAGCCCACAUUUCCUGGCAUGCAGCCCCAGGACUGGGUUCUGGCUCUGCCUGCUGGGACCUGUCAUAUCUCUGGCUGGGCUGGCAGUCACCAUCCACCAUGAUUCAGACAGCCCAGGCUUCCUCCACAGUGGCCUAAGAAGCAGUCCUCAGUGGGGGCAGGUGUGGACCCUACCCCCAGGCUAGAGUGUGGUCGUCAGAACCCUGAAAGUAUUAGUUCUUAA